ACAUGAAUAUCAGGAUUGUCAACUAUUAAAUUGCCUCAUAAUUUGUAGGUUGUUCCAAAAGCAAAUCUCCAAAUAUAAUUAUUUAACAAUGGCUGCAUACCUGCGAGAUGAAAGUCUUAUUUUGUUAUUGUCAAUUCCCAUCCGCUCUGAAUGUUAUCUUCAGCAUAGAUAUCUAUGAUUUUCAGGAUCAAGUGGAGAAUUUCGGACAGAAAGGGCGACCCGGUGUCUCUUCGUGCUAUCGCCUAAUCACGCCACGUGGGCGGCAGGAGCAGCAGUCAUUGCUGCGGCAGAGGGUGCGCAGCAGCUCCCUUAGGCAUGGACAGCGAGGAUGAAAACGUGGAGGAGCUCGUGGAAGGUCCAUUGGAUGAAGACGAUCAGCUCCAUGGGUUCUGUACUGUGACCUAUUCAUCCAGUGAUCGUUUUGAAGGACACUUCACCCACGGAGAGAAGAAUGGCAAGGGAAAGUUCUUCUUCUUUGAUGGAAGUGCACUGGAGGGUUUCUAUGUAGAUGAUGCUCUGCAGGGCCAGGGGCUGUAUACAUAUGAAGAUGGAGCUGUCCUCCAUGGGACAUAUGUGGAUGGAGAGCUCAAUGGACCCGCUCAGGAGUACAAUGCAGAGGGGCGCCUGGCGUUCAAGGGCCAAUACAAAGACAACAAGCGCUGUGGGGAAUGCUGGAUCUACUACCCUGAUGGAGGCUGUGUGUUUGGGGAGGUGAAUGAGGACAGCGAGAUGACAGGCGAAUCCAUAGCAUACAUCUACCCUGAUGGACACACGGCUCUCUAUGGAAGCUUCGUGGAUUGUGACAUAAUUGAAGCUCGCCAUGCCACCCUGAUUGCCUCUGAGAGUGGAAGGCCGCACUUCAAAAUCACUCCGAACAAAGUAGGUAGGUGUCCACGAGCCAGUCAGGACGAGGGUCCAGACGGAACCACGAUCUACGGAGACCUGCGAGGCGAGAUGGCAGAACCAACUAUGGGGAUGAAGCUGAAUUAGUGAUGUGCAUUUGUAACAAAUGUGUUUAAGGCAUUGAAGAAGUCGACUUGGAUACUGAUCUUUCAGCAUUUAUUUGGUCCUGCAGAAGAAAAUAAAACACAAACAUUGCCUUCUGGUCUCUUUCUGCACACCAGCUCCCUUCAACAACAUUUCUGUGCAGGAGAAAAACUACCUAAAAUCUAUCUACAACUGUGACAAUGCCAACAUUAAAACAAAAGAAACUCAUACCUGCAGAAGACAAUAAAACAUUGCCUUUUGGUCUCUUUCUGCACACCGAGCUGGUCUGCAGAAAGAUUUAUAAAAGGGAAAAUAUACGUCAAGGCGACCGGAUGUAGCUAAUGCAAAUGGCGCCAAAUAGCCACCAAACACUUUAACGUCUAAAAUAAUGACCCUUCAAACACCUGGAAACCGUGGUUGUUACUCACGGUAAUAGUCGUUGAGACGGUUACAUCUUUUAAAGAACAUAGCAAAAUACAUUUUAUUUAAAUUAAUCCGAAUUUUCCGUGGAUUAAUCAGGAUUAAUCACUAUUUGCAAUUACACCCGUUUCACAGUGGCGUAUCCAGAACAUUUUUACUGGGGUGGCCAAGAUGGGACACAAAGCUAGUGUGGGGUGGCCAUGGUAGACGGCGCUGUCCCCAUUUAAGCAGCAAUUUAACAGAACCUAUAUACUAUCCGUUGCAUAUAUAUAAACAAUUGUAACAAAAACCAAACAAAUCUUAACUCCAAACAAAGUAUAUACUAUGAAGUAAUGUAAAUCUUUAAACUCUCAUGAACAAUAGAGGAUUCUAAUAAUAGUAACAAAGUGCAAUAGAGGUAGCUAGUUCUUGCUUUUGCUCAUUCUGCUGCUACAAAAUGCUUUCACGUAGGGCGAAGACCACAAGACAAGACUUAAAGUCCAAUGCAAUGCCACCAGACCAAAUAUAACUAAAGGGUUAAGGCGCUUCUUCAUAAUGUAACUUGUGAAAAUUGUAUAUAAACAGUAACAUAAACCAAGCAAACCUUAACAACACAAAAACAAGACCAUUAGACAAACUCUGGGUUCAUCCAUCGUAUCAGAUGAAUUUGCCUGUUUUGGUGAUUGGUAGCAAAAAGUUUAAUAAAUGUGUCCAUGUCAAGUGACUUUGCUCUUCUAGCCUCAAUGCUGAGAACACCCAGGUUGCUCAGUCUGUCAUCUGUCAUUGUUGUGCGCAAAUGGGUCUUGAUGAGUUUAAGAGCUGAGAAGCUGCGCUCACAUGCGGUACUGCUUACCGGGUGGGCUAUGGCUACUUAAAUCUAGACUGUCACACUAUAUUUCAGACACUGUUAGCUCUAUUGAACACACAUCUGCAAACAAACACCCUCACUCUUCAGUCCAGAAAACAGCGUUUCAUAUUUCAUGGCGGUAUCCUAAUAAUUUAAAAAAAUAAAAUGCUAACGUUCAACGCUUAACUUGUUUUGCAGGCUGCUAAGCUAGCCAGCUAGUGCAGUGUAGUUCGACUUUUAGCUGCUACUUAGUGCUAGAUAAAGUUUUCCUACACAUUCAGAGGGAACAACGAUAUAACUAAACAUUAAAUGACCAUACCUCUCAAUCGACAGAUUCCGGCGUUUUUAUCGUUGUUGUAUCGUCGCUGUAGUAAACUGUGACCGUCCUCGUGUUUCGCGGACCAGCGGCAGGUGCAAUGCGCUAAUCUCAUGGGUCACGUGACCUGCGUGGCCAAACGUCCGCUGAACAGAAAUCAGCUCUCACAGCCUCAGUACGACCGUUACUGUGUUAGUUAAAAAUGUAAAACUGACCCUACAUCAGUUGUUCAGCUGUCAUCAUUGAUUGACAGCAUUUCUCUUGUUUCUUGUGUUGACGAACUUGACCAACUACCUAUCAGAUCUGGGGUGGCCACAGGGGUGGCCAAUGAGCUUUCAGGGGUGGCCACGGCCACCCCAGGCCAUCCCCCAGAAUCGCCACCGCCGUUUCAGA